UUGGAUGUCCCACGAGUGCAGUUGUCUGACUGUGGUCCAAAACUCUCAUUGGCUGGUUAUUACGCAAAACUUGUUGUCUUAAUUCAGCAACCAAGGAGUCAAAUGGAAACAGCACUGGAGAUGACUUGGUGUGACUGCACUGCACAAGUCUGUAAAAUGUUGGGACUGCGCUGACUAACACAGACUUAAAGUAUGCGGACAGAUGUAGCUGUUUGGGAGACAGGGAAGGAUACAGGAGCCUAUUAUUUAUUAGUUUGUCACCAACCAGCAGUAAAGUCUUUGAAGAUGACCAGGAGCAUGAUGCUGUAACACCUGAAAUAAUUGUUCGAGAAGCCCCGAGUGGUUUGAUGGACACUAGAACAGUGUUUUGAAACAACAUCAUCUUGUGGACUGAAGCUAUUAAGUAUUUUCAUUCGGGUUUAACUGCAAUAGAAAGUCCUGGUCUGCUUUGACCAAUAUAAUUAGCUGUGUUAAACUGUUUCAGUGGCCUGGUAUUGAUCAGCGGUUUACCUUUGAAGGUUUGUUCUGCCUGUAUAAAACUUAACAGGCACCCACGUUUGCUGGAAAUUGCUGCCUUCAGCUCUGAGCAAAUAGAAUACAGGUUGACACAAAUCAAUCAAAGCUGGCAUCACCCCAUGGAAAUCCUGUUGUUUCUAAUAAGGGCCUCACCUAAACCGACUGAAGUUUCAUUGGAGAGCGGAGAUAAAAUGCAACUGGAGUCUGAUGUAAGAAACUUGACUGUGCUGAAGCACUGCAGAUUCAUGUGAGUUCCAGCAGGUUUAAAAUCCUUUGUCUUCCUAGUGGCCCAAUUGGCUUGGUUUAGCCACAUUCUCUGCUGGCCUCCUUUCAAGUUCCUUCUGUUUUGACAACUCAGACGGAACUGCAGGAGCAUUCAUCAAAAGAUUGGACACCCCCACAAAGAACCUGGCAAUCUAUGGCUUUAAAGCAAGCUGUCCUGAAACUGGCUAGACUGGAGCAAACUCUGCAUCAAAAAGGUGACAUGUUCUCCCUGUGAGAGAGUCUGCAGCAAUCCUUGGGGGAAUGCCUCGCCGAGGCUUCCUGGUGCAGGCUUGGACACGGCGUCUAUUACUAGGCCUCGCUCUUUUCUUCUGCCUCAUCUCCCUCUUGUAUUUGCUAGAGUGCACACCACGGCCGGACAAUGAUCCUCUCCUCCUUGGCAUUCCAGGAAAACCGUACGGCAAAGAAUACUAUCAGGCUGUCCUGCAGGAACAGGAAGAGCACUACCAAACCCGAGCAGCGAGUCUCAAGCGGCAAAUCACUCAACUGAAGCAAGAACUCCAGGAAAUGAGUGAGAGGUUGAAAUCCGUGCAGGAGAAGAAGGGUCCAUCUCUAACUGGUGGAGGGGCCCAGAACAGUAAGGAAAACUUUCCCAACGAUCUAUUGGAGUUCUUGCACUCGCAGAUUGAUAAGGCUGAAGUUAGUGUAGGUGCCAGGGUGCCCAGUGAGUACGCGGUGGUGCCAUUUGAAAGCUUCACCCUGACCAAAGUGUACCAGCUGGAGAUGGGCCUGACCCGGCACCCUGAGGAGAAAGCAGUGAGGAAGGAUCGAAGGGACGACUUUGCUGAAGCCAUUGAGGCUGGAAUAGAAGUAUUGAAUAACCCUGAGGAAGAGGAGGAGGCAGAUAAUGAUGAUGACGACCGAGCACAGAAACACAGCUACACUGAGAAUGACUUUGUAGAAGGCUACUACCGUACAGAAAGAGACAAAGGGACCUUGUAUGAACUAUUCUACAAAAAAGAAUUUCUGGAUGAAUUUCAACAUGUCACACUCUUCCGUCCUUUUGGGCCACUCAUGAAAGUCAAAAGUGAAACAAUCGAUGUCUCGCACCAGAUCAUCAAUAUAAUUGUGCCUCUGUCCGGCCGCACGGAGGCGUUUGCCCAGUUCAUGCAGAAUUUCAGAGAUGUGUGCAUUCGCCAGGAUGGACACGUUUAUCUCACGGUCGUCUACUUUGGCCAUGAAGGGUUAGGUGAAGUGAAGAAGAUCCUAGAAAUAACUGCCAGUGAAACUAAUUUUCACAACUACACUCUGGUUCCUUUGGCUGAUGAGUUUUCUCGUGGACGUGGCCUGGAUAUGGGAGCCCGGGCCUGGGAGAAGGGCGAGGCACUGAUGUUCUUCUGUGAUGUGGAUAUUUAUAUAUCUCCUGAGUUUCUUAACAGCUGUCGGAUAAACACAGAGCCUGGUAAGAAAGUUUUCUACCCUGUUGUGUUCAGCUUGUACAAUCCAGCUAUUGUCUAUGCCAAUCUGGAUGGCGCCCCAUCCAUUGAGCAACAGCUGGUGCACAAGAAAGAUUCUGGGUUCUGGCGAGAUUUUGGGUUUGGGAUGACUUGUCAAUAUCGCUCCGAUUUCCUCACUAUUGGUGGCUUUGACCUGGAUGUGAAAGGGUGGGGAGGGGAGGAUGUCCACCUGUACAGAAAGUAUCUCCACAGUGACCUGAUCGUGGUGCGGACACCUGUCUCCAGCCUCUUCCACUUGUGGCACGAGAAGCAUUGUGCAGACGAGCUGACCCCGGAGCAGUAUCGCAUGUGCAUUCAGUCAAAAGCCAUGAACGAGGCCUCCCAGGCUCACCUUGGGAUGCUGGUGUUUCGAGACGAGAUCGAGGCCCACCUCCGCAAACAAGCCUACAGAAUUGACAGUGCAAUUCCUGAUUGAGUCAGAGGUCUUUGCUAUUUGCCCUGUUCAGGCUUUCACAUUUGCCGUUUUUGGGUCAGGACCUGUUGUGUUUAAUAAUGGGACCGCAGAUGACAAAAUAUUGUAUUAUGUUGUGCUGUUGCAGUGCUCAAUUAAUGGCCCAAAAUGAGCUGAUGAGUUUACACAUCUCCAAGGUGUUCAGCAUUGUGUUGCCAUUUGUUCUCAUAACACAAGUGUAUGAGAGAUCCCAGACACUUAGGAGUUUCUUGAAUGUUGGGGUGGAAAGAAUUUGCCACUUCCGGUAUUUCUAUCCUUCAUGUGAAGGGUGUUCAACUUUGUGCAUGCCCUGGUUUGUUGCCUCAAAUGAUGUUCACACUGUUGUUUGAGUGAUGGGACACACUUGGUUCAGAAAUUUCCAGGGUUUCAGUGUGAACUGACAUAAUAAUGACUAGUUAUGGAACAGUAUUAAUCUUCGGUGAACAGGACCACACAUGUGCCGUUUCUAUGCAAGCUCUUUAUACUGCCACUUUCUUUCUGGCUGCCUGGGGAGCAUUAUUGCAAAGCCUGGCAGGUGAAAGGCCAGUCAAGCCCUGGGAGCAUCUCCUAUGUGUACUUUGAGGCCAACUGAGCUCAUCUGCGUCUAUUAUCGACUCUGGACCAAAAGACAUUGUAUUUGACCCCAAAUGAAGCACAUCAUGCACGCUGAUACCAAGAGAGUGCUGCAGUACUGCGUUUGCUGUUCUUCGUAUGAAAUGUUCAAUCAGUGCUCCGUCCCAUGGUAUUAUUUUCAAGAUGAACCAAGGUCUUCUCCCGUUGUCUUGCCCAGAGUGUCUCUCUCUUUCUCUCUCAACCAACGCUCGCAAACAAACUGAUUGAUAUCAGUAUUUUGAACACAGAAACAUUGGCAUUUUUAUCCCACAUGGAGAGAAUACUACAAUCUCAGCAGGAGCUAAUAAUAUCAAGGGAGAAAGAGACCCCACAUUAUUUUUAACUUCAAUAAUUGAACUAAAAUGUGAAUGAAACAGUUAGUCAUAUGUCUCAAUACUUCUAAGCUAUUUCAUUGUGUGUAAUGUGCUUUCAGAUGUUUCUGAGACAUGAUAAGUUGCUUGUUUUAAUAGCUGUGUCUUUUACCCUCUGGAGCCCAGUUUAGCUCAGUUAGCUGGAUGUCUGGUUUGCAGUGCAGAGUACUGCAAGCAGAGUGAGUGCACUAACUUGUUCUUCUCAACCUAUUCCCUUGCCUUGAGCAUGGUGACCCUGAGGCUAAACUACCACCAGUCGUCUCUCUGUAAUGAGAGAGCAGCCCUGAGGUCUAGUGAGACUAACGGCAACUUUACAUUUUGCCUUUUACCUUCUGGACAUUUUUCUGUCCUCUGUCAAAGAUUCCGGAAUGUGCUUCUCCCACCCUCACCCAAACACACAAUGAGCAUGUAUUUCUGCAAUCCUGCAGAAAUAAAAAAACAAUUUGUCUAAUAAUGGCCAAAACCUACAAACUUGUGGGAUGGAACCACAAGAUGGAGGAGAUUUCUGGGAUAAAAACAAAGUUGCUGCAAAAGUUGAGCAGGUUUGGCAGCAUCUGUGAAGAAAACGUCACAGUUAACAUUUCGGCCCGGUGAUCCUUCUUCUGGCGGGUUAUCAGACCCGAAACGUUAACGCUGACUGUCUCUUCAAAGAUACUGCCGGACCUGCUGAGCUUUUCCAGCAACUUUGUUUUUGUUCCUGAUUUACAGCAUCCACAGUUCUUUCAGUUUUCAUUUAGGAGAUUUGUGGUGUUGGAUUCUUAAUUUUCAAUUUCUCUAUGUUUAUUUGGUGUGGGUGAGCGUAGUGGGGAGGAGAGGGGAUGGUCUGUGCAACAGAAAAUUGUUCCAGCAGUAGAACUAUCCAAAUCUGCAAUAAUUUUGUCUAAUUUAUUUUGAUUGAUCUUCUAUUUCUAGCUGUAACGAAAACUGCGAACAUGAUGGCACUAUAGAUACUCACCUGUAAGAUUCCUCUUUAACAUGAAAUCUCACCUAAAACAACACAAAAAACACUUUUGGCACAUACCUGAAGUCAUGGUUGAGGUGGCGGAGCUUCUAACCAAUGUUACUUCUAAGCUCCACAGCCACUCUAGGAUUCUUCUGAGGUUCCACAUGAGCCACUUGGUGUGCCAGCACAUUGACUUCGUCUCUCAGAAGUCACUGCUAUGCACAGACCUUGGAGGUUUGCACGCCAAAAAAAAAUUAGAGUGAGUAUUGCUUCUAGCUAUUGAAAGUCGCAACUUUACUCAUGCUGUGGAAGUGGGAUGUAUUUGUUUGCAGUUAGGCCAACAAUGAUCACCCUCGCUGCCUUGAAGAUGAUGUUUGUGAGCUGCUGCCUCAGGUCUCUAUUGCCCUUCAGGUGUAAGUACCCGCAGUUAAAAAGGCAGUUCCAGGAUUUUGACCAGUGGUGGUGAAGGAAUGGCAAUAUAAUUCCAAAUCAGGAUUGGGCAACUUGGAUUGGAACUUGCAUGUAACGGUGUUCCCAUGAAUCUUUAGCCCUUGUGCCUCUAAAUGGUAGGAGGUUGCAGGGCUGGGAAGACCUGUCAAAGGAGCAUUAGUGACAUAUUGCAGUGUACCUUGUUGAUGCUAUGCUCCGUUGCCAUUGUACAUUGCGUUGUCUGAAUUUGAAGGUGUUCGAUAGGUACUUCUCUAUUGAACUACUUUGUGUUUGAUUUUGUUGAGCUUCUUCAUUGUCUUGGAGCCACGCAAAUCCAUAACUUAUCACUUAGUAGUUUCUCUGACAGCCUAGAUGCAGAAAUGAAUGAUGCUGAUGAUUAGAUCAUUAAAUCAUCUUAACGUUCUCCAAUUUAAAUUGAAUUUGAGAUCCCUUUACCAAUUUUCCAUUUGGAAAGCCACCAGUUAUCGAUAAAUGAGAAAACCCUUUCUUGACUCAAUGUCAGGGUCAAGAUUGGCAAUGAUUUAUUAACUAUAAGACCAUAGUUUUCACUACUUGAAUGAUAUAUUUUAAUGGGCAAACAUUGUGGUAUUUAUAGAUAGAAUUAUUUAGCAACUUGAACGACAAAUAAUUGUCAGUUAUUUCACAAGACUAAUCUCAGAAGUUGGAACGGGAGUUGACGUUAUCGAUGAACUUCAACAUAGCUGAAUACUAAAUAAUCGAGAUGCCAUUAUGUGAUUCAAUCUAUUGAGUGUAUAGCCAAAACUGGAUAAAUUACAGCUAUGAACAGAGUUAACUAGCAGUCAUGAAUUGAAUUGAAGUUGUAGAAAAAGUUGGAUUAGUUGGAACAUUGACAAUUAAAUUAUCAUUAAGAGCACUGCCUGAGAUUUUGCCAGAAUUAUGAAAGUAUUUUAGGAGUAAACCUUCUGAGUUAACAAAUUAAUAGCAUGACACAACCAGACUGUCAAACAGGUCAGAGUUUUAUCUGUGUAUGGUUCCAGGAGUCAUACCACUUCACCCGUCUGAGCGACACUGUUGAGUUGACCACGUUACAACCACCACCUUCCCUUGUGUUGGAAGUGUUAGGUUCUGUAACAUCAGGUUGAUGAAGCUCUGCUGGACAGAGGUGUUGGCUGCACUCUGACCUCUGCGUCUGUGUCUGUUUUGCUCAAAGGGCCGAAUGGCCUACUCCUGCACCUAUUUUCUAUGUUUCUAUGUAACCGCUCAAUGUCUAUCAUUCAACUACACCCAGCUGACUCCUCAUCUGAGCUGGCUGGUUCAACUCUCAACCUCUGCAGUACCUGACAAUUUGGACCAUUACGUGACACACUGAUUACUGCCUGUACCUAAGUAAUUUGACCAUACAAUCUGACUGUUCUAAUUGUUUUUGCCCUUGCAGUUGUAAUACGCUGUGCUUGUAAAAGCACCUGCCUACCUAGGGUGACACGGUGGCUCAGUGGUCAGCACUGCUGCCUCACAGCGCCAGGGACCCAGGUUCAAUUCCACAUUUGGGCAACUGUGUGUGUGGAGUUUGCACAUUCUCCCUGUGUCUGUGUGGGUUUCCUCCAGGUGCUCCAGUUUCUUCCCGCAGUCCAAAGAUGUGCAUGUUAGGUGGAUUGGCCAUGCUAAAUUGCCCAUAGUGCCCAGGGAUGUUCAGCUUUGGUGGGUUAUAGGGGGAUAGUUCUGGGUUGGAUGCUCCAAGGGUUGGUGUGGAUUUGUUGGGCUGAAAGGCCUGUUUCCACACUGUAGGGAUUCUAUGAUACCUCCACAGUUAAGCGACAAGGAGAAUUUUCUAACUAGCAAUGGAUAUCAAAGGCAAAGGUAAUCUUUACCAAGUCAGGUUUGCUCUUAUACGUCUUAAUUUCAUAGAAAAUCCCCUUUUCUGUUCACCUGAAAGGUCUUGUUGAUGCAUGUAGCCACAGGUUGUAUCAUAUAUAGUCCAUAAUUUUGAACAGAAAAAGUUUCUGAAAGAUAUCAGUGUUAAUGAGGUACAGAUGCCUUGGCAUCAAACUCCUUUUUACUUCCCUAAGUUUCCAGUCUUCCUUUAACAUUGACCAAAAACUGUGUUUCAUUGUCACGUGGUUCUAAUUAGAUUCCAUUUCCUAGUAUCUUUUUAAGUACUGACUCAAUAGGCUGUCCAUUUUUACUGAACUUCACUUUAGGAAAGUAGUUCACUUUCCCAACACCAUUUAAUAAUAACAGCGGCAGGGAUCAGGCAGAGAUGUGGCUGAUGGAGAGAGGCUGGUUCGAUCCUGAUAAUCUGUCACUUUUGUUUGAUUGGGAGACAAGUAGGGAAAUGAAACACAGAUAUAGGGUGCCACCCAAUUGUAUCCUCUAACAGAGGGCUACAUUUCAAGCCUUACACAUGAGUAUAAAUAACAAUUAUACUUUCAAUGUGAGCUGACAAGCAUUGGGAUAGUCCAAUCAUACUCCUUCCUAACUCCAGCACAAAGUUACUGAGGCUAUGACCAUUUGUUACAUUUUGGUAUUUCCACAGGAAUUGGUUAUAUAAUCAUUGAUAUAUACAGCACAAAAACAGACCAUGCAGACCAGAUAUCCUAAAUUACUCUCGAUCCAUUUGCCAACAUUUGGGCCAUAUCCCUCUAAACGUUUCCUAUUCAUAUACCCAUCAAGAUGCCAUUUAAAUGUUGUAAUUGUACCAGCCUCCACCACUUCCUCAGGCAGCUCAUUCCAUACAUGCACCACCCUCUGCAUGAAAGUGUUGCCCAUUAGGCCCUUUUAAAUCUAACCCUUGUCACAUUAAACCUGUGCCCUCUACUUUUAGACUCCCCUACCCUAGGGAAAAAAAAGGACCUUGACUAUUCGCCCUAUCCAUGUCCCUCAUGAUUUUAUAAAUUUCUAUAAGGUCACCCCUCAGCCUCUGACAUUGCAGGGAAAAUAGCGCCAGCCUAUUCAGUCAUAAUGGGAACAGCAGAUGCUGGAGAAUCCAAGAUAACAAAGUGUGGAGCUGGAUGAACACAGCAGGCCAAGCAGCAUCUCAGGAACACAAAAGCUGACGU